AUGGCUCAGGCAAUGCAGGAAGAGGAGAACGUGGCAGGAGAUGAACUUUCCCAUGUCUAUGAGAAAGGCUUCAAACCAGGGCUGCUCCUUACCCUGAGGUUUUUGAUUCCCUCCUUCAGCCGGGAGAUCGGCCGCUGUGUGGUGCUCUCCACCCCAGGCCCCCACGCACUGGUGCUGGUGACCCAGCUGGGCCGUUACACUGCAGAAGACGAGGACGCAGCCCAGCGAGUGCAGGGGAUUUUUGGAGCUGAGGUAAUGAAGCACGUCAUCGUUUUAUUCACCCGAAAGGAAGAUUUAGGGGGCGGCUCACUGAGUGACUAUGUGACCCACCAAUCCAACAGCGAUCUGCACAGGCUGGUCACUGCAUGCGGGGGCCGAUACUGCACCUUCAACAACAAAGCCACCGAUGAAGAGCGGGAUGCCCAGGUCGAAGAGCUGAUGGGCAUGGUGGAGACGCUGGUGCAGGAGAACGGAGGCCGAUAUACAAACAAGUUAUAUCAAUAUGUGGAGGAGCAGCUCCAAUCCAAAAUGCGAGAUUUGCAGCACCAGUACAAGGAAGAGAUGGGAAGGAAGAGAGCAGAAAUACUUCAGCGCUUUACGGAGAACUGCGACAGGAUAAAGAAAGAGUCUGAUCUGAAAGAAGAGGAACUAAAGGAAAAACUCAAAAACCAGGAGAAGGACAGAGAAGCUGCUUUACUGCAGCUCAAGCACUUGAAACAAAAAGAACUGGAGGCCAAGAAGCAAGAGCUGCUGGAAGAACUGGGAGGAAUGUGGAAAUGUUAUGAGGAAAAACAAAGGCGAAUCAGAGAAGAAGCUGAAACUAGUAAUAUCAUCAUUAAUAUGUUUUGGAGUGUGUAUGAGUCAAUACGUUCAUACUGGAGCUGGGGUGUUAACAGUGUGUGGAACUGGUGCACGGACCAUACAAUCAUCACCAAAGCCAUCUCCUUAAGGCUGAAGUGUGUGCUGGUGGGCGUGGUCCAUCCAUACCAUACCUACACCAUCCUGGGCUGCCUUUGGCUUCGGGCCCCACUUUCUGGGUUUCUCAAGGUGCUGUACGCCUCCGCGGAGUGUCUGAUCAACCUCAACUGGACCCUGACCACACAGGCAGCAGAGUCCCCCUCGGUGCACAAGAAGCUGGUCCUGGCAAAAGUCACCAAGAUCGGAGACCUCCAGGAUUACCACCAGGGAGACUGGGUGGAUCCUCAGGUGCUCGCCCAGCACAUGGAGCUCUCCAUUCUGUAUCUGCAACAACUGCAGAUCGAGCUGUGGCUAAAGGAAUUGGAAGCACAAGAGAAAGAGUGGCAGGAAGAGAAGAAGGAGCAUGAGGACUGUAGGGAACAGGGGCAGCACAAGCGGGCCAUUGUGGAUCUGAGAAGGAGAGAGGGCCUGGCUGUGGUGAAUGGGGAGGGGCCUGAAAGCCUGGGACUGCAGGACACUUUGAAAGGGGGCACAGAAGGGACUGGAGACGUGGCCUCCCUCCUGAUGCAAUACUUCUGCAAGUGGGUGUUCGGGGCGGGGGCCCAGACGUCAGAGGACUUGGCUAAGCUGAUGGUCCAGGAAUGGUUCUAUGGAACAUACUCACCUGACCUGAGGCUGUGGCUGAAGGACAGGAAGCCGGAGGACCCACACGGUGUGGGGAAGCUGGAUGAUGAGUUCACGGACAGCGGGUCUGGUGAGGUGACCCGGACAGGGAAGAAAUACAUCCGGGUGGUGGUGGAUUUCACUAUGUGGCACCUCAAGGCCAUGGCCCUGCCCUCUUUCGAGGCAGACAUGGUGGCAGAUGCACUGCUGGUCAUUCUCAGCACGGUGGGGUUCAACUUCAUGUCAGCCCUGCUCCGGUGCUUGUGGGAGAAGCACAGGGCCCAGCUCAAUUCCCACACUGGCGGCCACAGCCCCGGAGGACCUGACCUGAGAAUCAUCCUCGUUGGUAAAACGGGAGCUGGGAAAAGUGCGACAGGAAACACCCUCCUCGGAGAGAUCAAGUUUGAGUCCAAGUUCAGUGCAAAGCCAGUAACACAGACGUGCGCCGCGGGGAGGGGGACGUGGAACGGGAGGGAGGUUCUGGUUAUCGACACUCCCGAUAUUCUGGGCACAAAGGGCCCCGUGGAAGCCUCCCCCCAGGAGAUCGCUCGCUGCAUCGCGCUGUCCUGCCCUGGCCCCCACGCGCUGCUGCUGGUCACACAGCUGGGCUGCUACACUGCCGAGGACCAGGCAGCUGCCGGGCAGGUCCGAGAGAUCUUUGGAGAGGAGGCCAUGAGGUACCUGAUCGUGCUGUUCACCCGGAAACUCUUUGGGGUGGUGGCAGCCUGUGGGAACCGCUGCUGCGCUCUCAACAACAGAGCGACGGGCUCGGAGCGCGAGGAGCAGAUCCGUGAGCUGAGGGAGGUGGUGGAGGGGAUGGUGCAGGCCAACGGAGGCCGAUGUCUCACCAGUGAGAUUUAUAGACAUGCCAUGGAGAAGAGGCAGCAGCAGGCCAAGGCCCUGGAGGAGAAGUACAGGGAGCUGGAGGAAGCAAAGGUGAAGGACAUAAUCCGUCGCUUCAAGGAGAAACAUGGUGCUCUGAAGCAGGACUUACACUCCAGGCCAGAGGCAGGACAGGAAAUCCAUCUCACACUGGGCCAGGAUGUGUAUCGAGCUUUAGAAACACUGUCAGAAGAGCAGAAAGCCACGGAGGCAGAAGAGGAAGAAAACCUGCUUAGAGAAAUACAGAAAUACUACCUGGAAAAGGCAAAUCCAGCCGGGGAGGAAGCCAGCAACGAUGACAGGGUAAUGAGAUUGGCUCUUCAUUUGCAUAUUUAAUUACACUUACACCUGUGCAAUUGGGAUGUGGUUUUCUAAGCUGUUUG